AUGCCAACAUCGACAUACAUUUAUACUAAAACAUCACAUUCACAACAACAGCAAACACAGUCACAAGAGGAGGCAAUGAAAAUGCGUUCAUCGAAUUCAAUCGAUCAAAAUCGAACUGAAUCGAUGAAAGAUUUAACAGAUACUGUUGAUCAAAAUGGUCUUAGGGAAUUUCUGUCAACGGAAUCAGUUCAAUCUUCGAAUAAUGGCGGUCAUUCAAAGUCAACUAAUAUCAAUAAUAAUAAUAAUAAUAAUAAUACAUCACUGAGUAGUAUAAAUGAUAUAACAAUGAAACUGGAGCAGAAUACAAACAAUACUAAUAGUAAUAAUAGUAGUGGAAACAAUAAUCAAUUUUCUAAAACUCAAAAAGUCAACUACACUACACAUAAUCAUCAAUAUCAAAAUAGUAAUGGUGGCGUUGAGAAAAUGUCAAGAACCAAUUUGUACAUAAAAGGAUUACCGGAGAAUUUUGAUGAUGAACAAUUAUGGCAAUUGCCACCAGAUCAAACAAAAAUUAAAUCAGUUAAAGCGGCUACUGAUGAAGAUACAAAGUGCCGAGGAUAUGGAUUUAUUGAUUUUGUUUCUGAAGACGCUGCUAAUGAAGCAUUACAACAAAUCAAAGAAACACAUCCUUCAUUUACAAUUAAAUUUGCUAAGGAGAAUGAAAAGGACAAAACAAACCUGUAUGUAACAAAUCUUCCUAGAACAUGGACUACAAAGGAUAGUGACCAACUGAAGGCUGUUUUUGAACGAUUCGGCCAUAUACAAUCGGCUUUUGUUAUGAUGGAACGAUUGACGAAUAAAACAACUGGUGUUGGUUUCGUACGAUUUGUGAAUGAACAAGAUGCAAUAAAUGCUUUAGAAUCGUUGAAAAUCAAUCCACUCACAUUGCCGGAUUGUUCUGCCCCGAUUGAAGCGAAAUUUGCUGAUAAACAUAAUCCAGAUACACGAAGAAGACGUUAUCCUGUAACCGCUGCUGCUGCUGCCGCAGCGGCGGCUGCUGCAGCUGCAGCUGCUUCAGCAACAAUGAUUGCAAAUGUGAACUAUAAUAACCUAUUAAAUUGUCCUUUGUAUACAACACCAAAUGGUUUAACCCUGACAUCACAUGAUGCAUUGGCUUCAUUACUCAAUACCGGAUUAGUCAGUCCAUCUAUUGUCAAUAAUCAAUUAGCUAGUCUUUCUGCUUUACAAAAAUCAACAACAGAUUUCACAUCACGUUUAAAUUCAGAUUUGUUAAGUGGUUUUAUUCAACCGAAUAAAUUUUCAAAUGAUUUAGUUUGCAAUACAUCAACAAAUAAUAUCAACAACAAUACUACCGUUAAUAGUAGUAGUAGUAAUGGUUUGACUGGUGAUUUCAAUAGUAGUCGUUCCACAAAUCAUUGUGAACCGGGUUUAGCUGCCCUAGCAGCGGCAGCUGCUGCAGCUUCCACAAUGUUUGGUGGAUCUCCAACACCAAAUGGCUUUGUGAAUAAUUGUCUACGUUCUAGUCAUCCUGCAAGUGCAACAGGCUUAAAUGGUGGACUGCUAUCGGCCAAUCAAAUCGCAUUACUUGGCACCCCAGCUAUUCCUUCUCCGGAUACGAAACUAUUUGAUCCAAGUCUAUACGGAUGCUCCUUAUACGGGACUGAUUAUUUUCGUCCACAACAACCACAUCAACAUCCAACGCAGCAACAGUCUCACCAACAAUCCCAACAACAACAACAACAAUUACUCUCUGUUGCUAUGGCUGCAAUGGCAAAUCCAGCCUUACAAGGAUGUGUUUAUCCAACAACAGCAGAUUUAAACUCAUUUAGUACAACUUAUCAUAAUUUAUUAAAUUCCCAUAAUUCUACAACAAUUCCAAUGCAAACUGAUCCUAUUGGGAAUUGUUUGACGGGGACAACAGAUACUAUCGGUUUAAGUGGAACAAUUUAUGCUAGUCAUCCACAACAACAACAUCAUCAACAUCAACAUCAAUCUCAACAGCAACAACAACAAAAUAAUUUACUUUCAUCAACUCCAAUUCAAGGCUCAAUAACUCAUAUUCCAGAUUCAUUGACUAAUUCUAGACCGGAUAGUGGAUUAUACCAAUGGUUAAUACCAAGUCAUUUAAUUAAAAUGGUAAUAAUGAAUGUCGUGUAA